CUAACUACAACUACUGCUACUUCUAGUACAGCAACACAAACCAGCUGCUGCUCUCUCCACCACCCUCCAAACCACGACAACUCUCUCUCUCUCUCUCUUCUUUGUCUUCCUCAAUAAUUUAUUCUUCAAAAGUUUUUGAGGUAAACCCUUCCUUCUUUUUCUUUAAACUAUUUGUAUUGAUAUUUUUCCAAUUUCAUCGAAACCCAAAACGCUUCAACCGCCAAAAACUGCUCAACCCACCUCCUCUUUUACACGUAUAUAGAAGUAUUUUUUUGUAUAUCUAAUACAUACGCGCGCAUACACACACAUAUAUAUAUAUAUAGAGGGAUAUAUGCUCGCCGGCGAUGCCGACGCCGGUAAGUGCAGCGAGGCAAUGCUUGACGGAGGAGUCAGCUCGGGCACUCGACGAUGCCGUGGCAGUGGCGCGUCGACGAGGGCACGCGCAGACCACCUCUCUUCAUGCCGUCUCGGCCUUACUGGCCUUGCCCUCCUCUACUCUCCGGGACGCCUGCACGCGCGCCCGAAGCAGCGCGUACUCACCCAGGUUGCAGUUUCGGGCACUUGAGCUCUCCGUUGGGGUCUCUCUCGACCGUUUGCCUUCUUCUAAAACUUUAGAUGAGCCACCCGUUUCGAACUCUCUCAUGGCUGCCAUCAAACGUUCUCAGGCUAACCAGAGGCGCCACCCGGAGAACUUCCACUUCCACCAGAUUCACGCCCAGCAGCAAACGACGCCGGUUUUGAGGGUCGAGCUCAAGCAUUUCAUUCUCUCGAUUCUCGACGACCCGAUUGUCAGUCGGGUUUUUGGGGAAGCCGGGUUUAGGAGCUGCGAUAUCAAACUCGCGAUUGUUCACCCGCCGACACCGGCGCGGCAAACCUCCCCGUUCAUCCGGACCCGUUGCCCGCCCAUGUUCCUCUGUAAUCUAACUGAUUCGGAUCCAGGUCUUCGGGGUUUCAGCUUCCCGUUCUCUCGGCAUGAAGACGGGGACGAGAAUUGUAGACGAAUCGGCGAAGUCUUGGUGAGGAAGAGUGGAAAGAAUCCUUUGUUAAUCGGUGUUUGCGCAAGCGAGGCUCUCAAUAGUUUCGCCGAGGGUGUCCAGAGUGGUAAGGCAGGUAUCUUGCCAGCUGAUAUGGCUGGAUUGAGUAUUAUUGGUAUUGAGGAAGAUAUUUCUGAGUUUUUCAUUGAAGAAGGGAGUGAGGGGAAGCUUGAUAUGAAGUUUAAGGAGGUGGGUCUUAUGGUUGAGCAAUGCUCUGGACCCGGUGUUGUAUUGAACUUUGGAGAAUUGAAGACCUUGGGUGCUGAUAAUGUCUCGGCUGAUAGGCUGAGCUUUGUGGUCUCACGAUUGACAAGCUUGUUGGAGCUUCAUAGUGGGAAACUGUGGUUGAUUGGAGCAACAGGGACUUAUGAAUUCUAUUCCAAGUUUUUGGGUCAGUUUCCUACCAUUCAAAAGGACUGGGACUUGCAUCUUCUUCCCAUUACGUCUUCCAAAACUUCAAGUGAAGGACUUUACUCUAAAUCAAGCUUGAUGGGGUCCUUUGUUCCCUUUGGCGGGUUCUUUGCUGCACCAUCUGAAUUGAAAAAUCCAGUUAGUAGCUCAAACCAAUGUUUUAUCCGUUGCCCUGCAUGCACCGAAAAGUAUGAGCAGGAAGUUUCUUCAAUUCUGAAGACAGGAUCGAAUCUUUCUGUUGCUGGUCGAUUUUCAGAGAGCUUGCCUUCUUUGCAAAUAGCUGAAGUUGACACAGGAAAAGGGGUGGAUGUAAUGAAGACUGAUGAUGGUGGAACUACAUUGAACACUGGAAUACUGGGGUUGCAAAAUAAGUGGAAUGAAAUUUGUCAAAGGCUUCAUCACAGCCAACCAUUCCAUAAAACUGAUGUUUUCCAGGUAGGGUCCCAAGUUUCCUCAAUAGAGGUUUUUCAGGGUGCUCUACAUAGGAAAGAAAGCUGUGGUGAAGAUUUGAUUGUAAAUGAAUUGCGAUCUACAUUUCCAUCUUCCUGCACAUUAACAAACUUGCAAAAGAGUUUUCCUUCAAAGCAGAGCAGUUUGAUAACAAUGGCUUCUGACUCCAAGAAUGCUGAUCAUCAUUCUAAGAAAUUGACUAAAGUUUCAGAGAGUUGCCAAAAUGAGAUGGGGAACCCCCAUCAUUCCCCUAAACCUACCUAUGAUAUGAAUUUUCCUCCGGACCACACAUCAUCUUCAUCUGUCACUUCUGUGACCACAGAUUUGGGGCUGGGAACAAUAUAUGCUUCAACUAGUAAGGAACCACGUCCUACAAAAUUACCAGAUCAUAAUGUACGCCCACAACACUUGCCUGGUACUUACUCGCCUGAGUUUUAUGCAAUAAGUGAGAACACUUUGCCUAGAGCCAUACAAUCUUCCUGUUCUACUACAAAUUUAAGGGGCCAGUGUGAUCCUAAGGAUCUCAAAUCACUUAAAAGCGUCUUAAUUGGAAAAGUGGGCUGGCAAGAUGAAGCUAUAUGUGCUAUUAGUCAAGCUGUAUGCUUUAGCAGAUCUGGUGGGGGAAGACAUCGUGGCUCAAAUGUCAGAGGAGAUAUUUGGCUUACAUUUCUCGGAGUUGACAAAGUUGGGAAGAAGAGAAUUGCUUUAGCACUUGCUGAGAUACUGUAUGGCUCAACGGAAUGCCUAAUCACUGUUGAUUUGGGUUCUCACUAUAGAGGAUGUCAAACAGACUCCAUUUUUGAAUGUGAAGACCCAGAUUAUGAUUUGAAGUUUAGGGGGAAGACAGUUGUUGAUUAUCUUGCUGGAGAGUUAAGCAGGAAACCUCAUGCUGUUAUCUUUCUUGAAAAUAUAGAGAAGGCCGAUCUGCUGGUUCAGAAUAGCUUGUCGCAAGCCAUUAGAACGGGUAAGUUUCCAGACUCUCGUGGAAGAGAAAUCAGCAUUAACAAUGUUACAUUUGUGGCAACCACAACUAUCAUUAAGGGGAAAACAUCUCACCAUCCAGAGAAGGAUCUGAGGCAAUUUUCAGAAGAUAUGAUUCUAGCAGCUAAGAGAUGUCAAAUGCAAAUACUAAUCGGUGGAUCUGUUGCUAGCACUGCCAGCCAAAGGGAAGGUAUGAAUGUGAGAGUUGCACUGAAAGAAGACACAUCAAACCCUUCAUCUGUAAAUAAAAGAAAGCUGAUUAAAUCAAGUGACUCCACAGAGCAACACCAACGUGCCCUCAAGGCACCGAGAUCUUUCCUGGACUUGAAUGUUCCUGUAGAGGAGAUUGAAGAAAGUUCCGACUGUGAGGAGUAUGACAGUGACUCCAUCUCUGAAAGCUCAGAAGCUUGGUUGGACGAUUUCCUUGAUCAAGUGGAUGAAAAAGUCGUUUUAAAGCCAUUCGACUUUGAUGCUCUUGCUGGGAAAAUAGUGGAGGACAUCAACAAAAAUAUCAAGAGAGUGUUGGGACCUGAGAUUAUGCUAGAGAUUGAUUACAAAGUCAUGAUACAGAUACUUGCAGCUGCUUGGUUGUCUGAGGAGAAAAGGGCAGUGGAGAAAUGGGUUGAACAGGUUCUCUGCAGAGGUUUUGCUGAGGCAGAGCAAAAGUAUGUUCUUACUGGUCAUCGUUUUAUUAAACUGGUUGCUUCAGGACCCCAUAUCCCUAAAGAGCAAGCUUCUUGUGUUUGCCUUCCCACUAAAAUUAGUCUGAACUAAUAUUUCUUCUUUUUUGGCUUCCGGUGCUAUUUUGUAAUUACAUGUAUAAUGUAGCUUUUAGCAUAUAUAGCUUCGGCAUUUGAUAAGUUGUUUCGAAUAUCAAUCCAUAAUUUUUUUUGGGCUAAUCA